AUGCGCUGUGGAUGAAACGCACACCCGGAAAAACAAAACAACAGAAUCGGCGAUACUCUUCAUUCAUUGACAAAAUGUAACCGCACAUGACAAGGAAUAGCCGCGAAGCCUUAGACAUAAUGCUAGGGUUUAUAAUUUCGUUUAUUUUUGUAUUAGUGGCAAUACUAAUACUGCGUCAGGACUGGGCCCACAUUACUGGCGAUGCACCUCUUCCAUCGACAGUGCCACCUGCGCGGCUCAUAACCAAAGAUGAGUUAUCGCUGUACAGCGGAGAGGAGGACAGCAAGGGCCUUUACCUGGCCAUUUUAGGACAGGUGUUCGAUGUAGAAAAGGGGUUGAAGCACUAUGGACCUGGUGGUGGUUAUCAUUUCUUUGCAGGAAAAGACGCAUCUCUGGCCUUUGUCACUGGGGACUUCACAGAUACCGGUCUGACUGAUGACGUGUCCAGUCUGUCACCUGCUCAGGUGAUGGUCCUCUAUGACUGGCUGACCUUCUAUCACAAGGACUACACGCCUGUAGGCAGACUGGUGGGUCGGUUCUACAGUGAGAGUGGAGAGCCCACAGAGGCCCUGCUACAGGUGGAGGGGGCCCUGGAGGAGGGGCAGAGACUCAAGGACCAAGCCCAGGCUGAGAAGCAACACCUCCCAGCCUGCAACUCGGAGUGGAGCGCUGCCAGGGGAGGACGGGUCUGGUGCGCCACCAAGAGUGGUGGAGUGCAGAGAGACUGGGCCGGCGUACCUAGGAAGCUGUUCUCUCCUGGUUCUGGCCGCUCUCGCUGUGUGUGUGUCCAGAACUCCUCCACAGUGGAAAACCCCAACAUUCAGGAGUACGAGGGCUGCCCCCCUCACGCUGAGUCAUGUCCUGUCAGAGAGUAGAGGACUCAGGGGGAAGGCUGGGCCCCCUCACACAAGGACUAUAAAAUGGCCUAUAUACUGUUAUUUAAAUCUCAGGGACUUCCCAAGGGGUCCGACUCAGCCAGUUAUUCUAUUUGAUAAUGCCAGUUUGGUUAUUUUCUAAGUUGAUUUGUUUCUGUUGAGUUCUUUAUGCAUGUACAUUUAAGUUCAGUGUAAUUAAUAUGCAGUAUGCCAACUAAUUGCGAGUGCUAAUGGCCAAAUACUGGACAUCCUAAUAAUUAGGAAUAAGGAAUUGUUUCUGUUGAAUACUAUAUCUGUACAUAGACUAGAUGGACAAAUAAAUGGAUGUUUCAUA